AUGCAGCAGGCAUUUGGCUCCAUCCCCAUUUGGCUCAUCCCCACCAGUCACGAGUCAUCUGUGGAGAUAGAUCACAGUCCGAAAUGGUGUGAUUGGCCCUCAUUUUUUCACUGUUUCCCCCUCUCGUCUCCUCUCUUCCCCCUCUCGUCUCCUCUCUUCCCCCUCUCGUCUCCUCUCUUCCCCCUCUCGUCUCCUCUCUUCCCCCUCUCGUCUCCUCUCUUCCUCCUCUCGUCUCCUCUCUUCCUCCUCUCGUCUCCUCUCUUCCUCCUCUCGUCUCCUCUCUUCCUCCUCUCGUCUCCUCUCUUCCUCCUCUCGUCUCCUCUCUUCCCCCUCUCUUCUCCUCUCUUCCCCCUCUCUUCUCCUCUCUUCCCCCUCUCGUCUCCUGUCUUCCCCCUCUCUUCUCCCCUCUUCCCCCUCUCGUCUCCUCUCUCCCCCUCUCGUCUCCUCUCUUCCCCCUCUCUCUCCUCUCCUUCCCCCCUCGUCUCCUCUCUUCCCCCUCUCGUCUCCUCUCUUCCCCCUCUCGUCUCCUCUCUUCCCCCUCUCGUCUCCUCUCUUCCCCCUCUCGCUCCUCUCUCUCCCCCCCUCUCGUCUCCUCUUUCCCCCUCUCUCUCCUCUCUUCCCCCUCUCUCUCCUCUCUUCUCCCCUCUCUCUCCCUCUCUUCCCCUCUCUCUCCUCUCUCCCCCUCUCUUCCCCUCUCUUCCCCCUCUCUUCCCCUCUCUUCCCCUCUCUCUCCUCUCUCCCCUCUCUCCCUCUCUCCCCCUCUCUUCCCCUCUCUUCCCCUCUCUUCCCCUCUCUUCCCUCUCUCUCCCUCCCCCUCUCUCCUCUCUUCCCCCUCUCUUCCCCUCUCUUCCCCCUCUCUUCUCCUCUCUUCCCCCUCUCUCUCCUCUCUUCCCCUCUCUCCCUCUCUCCCUCUCUUCCCCCUCUCUCCCCUCUCUUCCCCUCUCUUCCCCCCCUCUCUUCCCCCUCUCUUCUCCUCUCUUCCCCCUCUCUCCCCCUCUCUUCUCCCCUCUCUUCUCCUCUUUCCCCCUCUCGUCUCCUCUUCCCCCUCUCUUCUCCUCUCUUCCCCUCUCUCUCUCCUCUCUCUCCCCUCUCUUCCCCUCUCUUCCCCCUCUCUCUCCUCUCUUCCCCCUCUCGUCUCCUCUCUUCCCCCUCUCGUCUCCUCUCUUCCCCCUCUCGUCUCCUCUCUUCCCCCUCUCGUCUCCUCUCUUCCCCCUCUCGUCUCCUCUCUUCCCCCUCUCGUCUCCUCUCUUCCCCCUCUCGUCUCCUCUCUUCCCCCUCUCGUCUCCUCUCUCUCCCCCUCUCUUCCCCUCUCUUCCCCCUCUCUUCUCCUCUCUUCCCCCUCUCGUCUCCUCUCUCUCUCCCUCUCUUCUCCCCUCUCUCCCCUCUCUCCCUCUCUCCCUCUCUCCCCUCUCUCUCCUCUCUCUCCCCCUCUCGUCUCCUCUCUUCCCCCUCUCGUCUCCUCUCUUCCCCCUCUCGUCUCCUCUCUUCCCCCUCUCGUCUCCUCUCUUCCCCCUCUCGUCUCCUCUCUUCCCCCUCUCGUCUCCUCUCUUCCCCUCUCUUCUCCUCUCUCCCCCUCUCGUCUCCUCUCUUCCCCCUCUCUCUCCUCUCUUCCCCCUCUCGUCUCCUCUCUUCCCCCUCUCUUCUCCUCUCUUCCCCCUCUCUUCUCCUCUCUUCCCCCUCUCGUCUCCUCUCUUCCCCCCUCUCUCUCCUCUCUUCCCCCUCUCGUCUCCUCUCUUCCCCCUCUCGUCUCCUCUCUUCCCCCUCUCGUCUCCUCUCUUCCCCCUCUCUCCUCUCUUCCUCUCUCUCCCCCUCUCGUCUCCUCUCUUCCCCCUCUCGUCUCCUCUCUUCCCCCUCUCGUCUCCUCUCUUCCCCCUCUCUCGUCUCCUCUCUUCCCCUCUCUCUCCUCUCUUCCCCUCUCGUCUCCUCUCUCUCCCCUCUCGUCUCCUCUCUUCCCCCUCUCGUCUCCUCUCUCCCCCUCUCGUCUCCUCUCUUCCCCUCUCGUCCCCUCUCUUCCCCCUCUCUCCCUCUCUCCUCUCUCUCCCCUCUCGUCUCCUCUCUUCCCCUCUCGUCUCCUCUCUUCCCCCUCUCUUCUCCUCUCUUCCCCCUCUCGUCUCCUCUCUCUUCCCCCUCUCGUCUCCUCUCUUCCCCCUCUCUCUCCUCUCUUCCCCUCUCGUCUCCUCUCUUCCCCCUCUCGUCUCCUCUCUUCCCCCUCUCGUCUCCUCUCUUCCCCCUCUCGUCUCCUCUCUUCCCCCUCUCGUCUCCUCUCUUCCCCCUCUCUUCUCCUCUCUUCCCCCCUCUCGUCUCCUCUCUUCCCCCUCUCGUCUCCUCUCUCUCCCCCUCUCGUCUCUCCUCUCUCCCCCCUCUCUCUCCUCUCUUCCCCCUCUCGUCUCCUCUCUCCCCUCUCUCUCUCUCUCUCUCUUCCCCUCUCUCUCCUCUCUCUCCCCCUCUCUCUCCUCUCUUCCUCUCUCUCCCCUCUCUUCUCCUCUCUCUCCCCUCUCCCCUCUCUCCCCUCUCUCCCCCUCUCGUCUCCUCUCUUCCCCCUCUCGUCUCCUCUCUUCCCCCUCUCGUCUCCUCUCUCCCCCUCUCGUCUCCUCUCUUCCCCUCUCGUCUCCUCUCUUCCCCCUCUCUUCCCCUCUCUUCCCCCUCUCUCUCCUCUCUUCCCCCUCUCUCUCCUCUCUUCCCCCUCUCUCUCCUCUCUUCCCCCUCUCGUCUCCUCUCUUCCCCCUCUCGUCUCCUCUCUUCCCCUCUCUGUCUCCUCUCUUCCCCUCUCGUCUCCUCUCUUCCCCUCUCGUCUCCUCUCUUCCCCUCUCUCCCCUCCCCUCUCUUCCCCUCUCUUCUCCUCUCUUCCCCCCCUCUCUCUCCUCUCUUCCCCUCUCGUCUCCUCUCUUCCCCCCUUCGUCUCCUCUCUUCCCCUCUCUCCUCUCCCCUCUCUCCCCUCUCUUCCCCUCUCUUCCCCCUCUCGUCUCCUCUCUUCCCCUCUCGUCUCCUCUCUUCCCCUCUCGUCUCCUCUCUUCCCCUCUCGUCUCCUCUCUUCCCCCUCUCGUCUCCUCUCUUCCCCUCUCGUCUCCUCUCUUCUUCCCCUCUCGUCUCCUCUCUUCCCCCUCUCGUCUCCUCUCUUCCCCCUCUCGUCUCCUCUCUUCCCCCUCUCGUCUCCUCUCUUCCCCCUCUCUCCCCUCUCUUCCCUCUCCCCUCUCUUCCCUCUCUCCCCUCUCUCCCCCUCCUCUCGUCUCCUCUCUUCCCCCUCUCGUCUCCUCUCUUCCCCCUCUCUUCUCCUCCUCCCUGCUGUGCUGGAGCAGCCCUUCCUUCCCUUGUUGA